CCGUCCCGUCUCCCGGUGCCUGAGGUGUGUGGAAAGUUGCUCCUCUCCCGGCGGUGUCGCGCUCCUCUCAGCUGUCACUUUACUUCCCACCUCCGUCAUGCCUGCCCUCCUCCUCCUGCCGCAGACAUGGGAGUUACCGGCUGCGUGUGGAAACUAACCGGCUCUGCUGCACCUUCUGUCCGCGUUCAGGGCUCCAUCAGCAGCCGGGGACACCCCGCAGCGCGGAGCUGAGCCUUUCCUUUCACCUCCACCCUUUUUCAGUCAUUUGUUCGUUUGGUUUCGCGUCAUUUAUGGACUCCGGGAGCUGCAUGUAAAGAGUGUUUACAAUUUCCGUUCACAUAGCUGAAGAUGGAGACGGUGAUGGAGAGGGAGUGCAGUGCGCUGGGGGGGCUCUUCCAGACUGUCAUUGGAGACAUGAAGGGCAGUUACCCCGUCUGGGACGACUUCAUCAGCAAAGCCACAAAGCUGCAAACACAACUAAGGACGACGGUUGUCGCAGUCGCCGCCUUCCUGGACGCCUUCCAGAAAGUGGCCGAUCUGGCAACCAACAGUCGAGGGGGGACCAGGGAUAUCGGAUCAGCGCUCACCAGGAUGUGCAUGAGGCACCGCAGCAUCGAGGCUAAGCUCCGCCAGUUUUCCAUGGUGUUUCUGGACUGCCUGAUCAAUCCUCUCCAGGAGCAGAUGGAGGAGUGGAAGAGGGUGGCCAACACUCUGGACAAAGAUCACGCCAAAGAGUAUAAAAAAGCUCGUCAGGAGAUCAAAAAGAGAUCAUCAGAUACUUUGAAGCUGCAGAAAAAAGCAAAGAAGGCUGAUUUCUUUGGUCGAGGAGACCUUCAGCCUCAGCUGGACAGCGCCAUGCAGGACGUCAGCGAUAAGUACCUGCUGCUGGAGGAGACAGAGAAGCAGGCUGUUCGGAGGGCGUUGGUGGAGGAAAGGAGCCGUUUCUGCGUUUUUGUCUCCAUGCUGAGGCCGGUCGUGGAUGAGGAGAUGUCCAUGCUGGGGGAGAUCACCCACCUCCAGAAUCUCACAGAUGACCUGAAGAUCCUGACCAUGGACCCACACAAGCUGCCAGCCUCCAGUGAGCAGGUAAUUGUAGACCUGAAGGGCUCAGAGUGCACCUGGUCAUACCAAACUCCUCCCUCCUCUCCUAGCACCACCGUAUCCAGGAAGUCCAGCAUGUGCAGCAGCCUGAACAGCGUGAACAGCAGCGACUCUCGCUCCAGCGGCUCACACUGCCACUCCCCCACCUCCCAUUUCCGUUACCGCGCCUCCUCCUCCUCGUCCUCCUCAGUGCUGCCCCAGCAGACCCCGGCCCGCCUCUCUUCGGUCUCGUCCCACGACUCCGGCUUCAUCUCACAGGACGCCUACCAGUCCAAAUCCCCGUCACCGAUGCCUCCAGACAACUUGCAGUCUGUCAAUGAGGAGGCCUCCUCUCCCCCUCCCUCACAUCCUGAGCCCAGCUCCGGGCAACCACAGUUGCCAAAUGGUUUUGACCAUCACGCUGCCCUCUGUCUGCACGGAGCGGUGCUGCAGGGCCUGGACACCCACCUCCACCCUUCAUACUUCACCUAUUCCUCUUGCUCCACCUCCCCCAUCUCCUCGCCCUCCUAUCAAUGUGUGUCUCCCACCUGGGCGUGGUCCCGCUCGGCCUUCAGCCAGCCGGCAGAGCUCUCGCCUCCCGGCCCGUCGGGGAUCGGAGUCAUCCCCUCAUCCAGAGUCCCAUCCUGGAAGGACUGGGCCAAACCCGGUCCUUACGACCAGCCGCUGGUCAAUACCCUGAGGCGGAGCAAAGACAGGAGAGAAACUCCAGAUCCCAGCAGCCACCAGGGCUCUGAUGUCAGCACACCGUUUGAGGAGCCACAGGGAAUUAAAGGAAGCCACACUGUGAUGUCUCCAAAAGGCGACAAGGAGGCCCACGAGGAGCUGGCCAGAGCGCUGGCUCGGGGCCUCCAGCUGGACAUCCAUGGCUCCAGCAGGGACUCGCUGCAGGGCUCCAGCGGCUACAGCAGCCAGACCAACACACCCUGCUGCUCAGAGGACACCAUCCCCUCACAAGUGUCAGAUUGUGACUACUACUCUGUUGGCGGCGAUCAGGACGGUGAGCAUCACUCGGACUUCGAUAAGUCCUCGACCAUCCCGAGGAACAGUGACAUCAGUCAUUCCUACCGCCGCAUGUUUCAGUCCAAGCGUCCAGCUUCCACUGCCGGUCUGCCAUCUAAUAACCACUCAGCCGUCAUCACGCCGGGGGUGGCUACGAUUCGACGGACUCCAUCGUCCAAACCCAACCUACGCAGACCCUCCGGGGGCCUAAACCUGGGCCCCAUUCCCAUUAAGCCACCUAUGAUACCAGUCAAAACCCCCACUGUGCCUGAGCACCCUGGUUUCCCAAACAAAGCUGAAGAUGGUCGAACGCCACGGACCCCACUGAGCCCCGCAACCACUCCUCUGUCACCUGGGAGCAACGGGCCGCUGUCACCGAAGUCCAUCACCUGGGGUAACCAGCAGCUGGACGAAGGAUCGGAUCCUCCUACUCCACCACCGCAGCCCGGCGGUCGGCUGUCGGAGCGCCGGCGUCUCCCUGAACUCCUGGAGGAGACGGAGUACUGCGAGGUGGAGGACUACCUGGUGGCCAUCCGACGAGGCGUCAAACUGAAGAAAACUACGUCCAAUGACCGAUCAGCUCCAGUAAUUCACUGAAGAACCACCAGAGCCAACCGGACUUCAAGUUCUGACCCUUUUAGAAAAUCAGCUUGAAAGGACAAAAAACUGAAAUGGUGCCAAAAUACAAAAUUACUCGAAUAUUUCACUCAAAUUUCAAGAUUUAUGUUAUUUUACUACAUAUUAAGUUCCUAUUUACUUUUUUCUAGAUGAUUUUAACAUAAACAUAUUAAAUAAACCUUACAUUCAUUUAAAUACUAAAUCUUACUGAUUUGACAUUCAUAAUCAUCAGUUUUAUGUAUUUAGUAUUAAAUCAAAAUGAAUACAGAGUGUAUUUUAUUCAAAUACAUAAUGUUUAUUUGCUUAAAAUGCAUAAUAAUCAGGUUGCCUUUAUGGAAUUUAAACAAUAAACUUGAUGUUUUUUCAUAUAAAUACACUCAUUAAUAUUCAUUUUGAGUAAGUAUACUUUAUGAAUACUAAAUACGUAAAUAAAUUAGCGAUGUGAAACUAAUUCAUAUGCAUCAGGUAAGGUUUAUGUGUUAAAUGUGUGUUAAAAUUAGCCCACAAAAAGUUAAUGGGAAUUACUUACCGGUAUGUAAUAAAUUACUUAAAUGUUAAAAUUCUGGUGAAUUAUUUUGGUGAGUAUAGUUUAAAGUUGUCCUGAGACUGAUUGAGGAUAAGUUUGACAGUUUAAAGAAUUAAUCACAACAACAAACAAGAAAACUAUGGUUUAAAAUCAAAAGAAAGUUGUUGUUUUUACUGUUGUGCACC